AUGGUCGCACAAAGAAUUCUCAGUGUAAGCAAUAUACAAACUGCUGCCAGGCAUUGGGUUCCAAUUGCUAAACAACAAAUCAUAAGAUACCCAAAAUCGCAACCAAGCCAACUCAUAAAGAAACAAUUUUACUCAUCAAGGAUAAGAUGUGUAAACUACAACAACAUCAACGACAUUUCAUUGGUUUCCAAUGACGAUGUUAUCAAUGCUUCUGCUGCUGCCGCUGCUACCACUACUACAAAAGCUGAAGAUGCUGAACCAUUUGAGCCAACUAUAUAUUCAUCAGAAGACGUACAUACUGCUGGACCAGUUAACAGAGCUUAG